UAGAGUGAAAGAAAGAACUCCAGGAUCUGAAACUGACCAUAUAAUUCAAGAUUUUUCUAUCUUUCCUUUUUCCCCAGAGGAGAUUUAUUUCAUUGACGGACAUGCUGUUACAGGCUCUUUUCCCAGAAGCUGACCAGAAGAAGCUGCGGCUCUGAGGUUUCUCCCCGCCCCGCCCCCCCCCACCAAGUGGAGUGGUUUCCCUGGUAAUGGAUUGCUUCUCCCUGAGAAACACGAUAUUGCCACAUUUGAGAUCCACACAUCUUAGCCUCAUUGUCACUGAAUUUUUACUGAACCGCAUCCACACCCAAGUCCCAGGACACAUGGUGGCCUGUGCUUAGUAGUCACCCUGUAAAGACUUGCUGACUAUCUGGCUGAUGUAGAAGAACCUCAUUGCCUCCACCCUGGUGAGAGCCCCCAGGUCUAGUCUGUGAACUCAGCGAGGAAACACCGCGGUAAAAAUGACCGAAGAGCCUGUCAAGGAGAUCCUGGGAACCCCCAAGUCUCCCAAGCCAGGGACGACGGAGAAGAGCCCCAAGAGUGAAGUCGUGGUCACCACGGCCCCUGUGGUCAGUGAGAUUCAGCUGAUGGCCGCCACCGGGGGUGCUGAGCUCUCCUGCUACCGCUGCCUCAUCCCCUUCGCCGUGGUGAUCCUCAUCACCGGGACAGUGGUCACUGCCGUGGCUUACAGCUUCAAUUCCCACGGCUCCAUCAUCUCCAUCUUGGGCCUGAUCCUUCUCUCCUCGGGACUCUUUUUGUUGGCCUCCAGCGCCUUGUGCUGGAAGCUGAGACAGAGGCACAAGAAAGGCAAGAGACGCGAGAGUCAGACAGCUCUCAUGGCAAACCGGAGAAGCUUGUUUGCUUAGGACUGAAGGAGACCAAGGGAGGCCUGAGGCGGAACAUCCUGCCUUCCCUGCGGCAGCCAAUUCGCCCCGAACUCCUGUGGGAGAGGUCGGACUUGGCACAGGAGCGGACUAGGGGAAUGGGAGUGGAUGGAGGAGGGGUGGGGGGCAGGUCCUCGUGCGCGAGAAAUGACUUGCAUCUUCUUUAAUGACAAACUUAACUCUAAGGGCUGUUUCUCAGAUUGCAAAAUCAGCUUUUCCCCCACAUUAAAACCCUGUCGGGGUCAUGGGAGGUGUGCAGCAUUAGACAGCAUUUGGUUCACCUUGGAAAGGAGCCAAGAAAAGAUGAGAAAACAAUUGGACGGUUCUGGCGCCCCAGUGACCCGCCUCCACGUGGAAUAACCCACAGGCGUAAGAAGCUGUAUCACAAAAAUGUGCUGCCGAGAGUCUCCAUGGCCUUGGACUUGGCACACUUCUAUGAAAUUCUAUGAUAACUUCUUUUUUCAAUAAGUUGAUUGUCUGGCACCUGUUUUACUUGUUACUCUCAGUAACUCAUGACUGACUGGUGGUACUUUCUCUUGAAGAAUGAACUAAUAUUUUUUAUGUUUUAACAUUGGACAAUGUUAGAUGAUUGUAGCGAUGUAUCAAAAGUAAGAAAGGGGUGAAGGGUGUAACUACUAGAUGACAUAGGAGAGGGGAUUAAAUUAAUAUUAAAAUAACCCAAUAUAGCACUUUUGAUGACUUUUAUAUAAAAGUUUAAUGUACAUUUCAUUCGAAAUAAUAAAUACUCAUUGCUGCUGACACUU